CUAGAGCAGAAGUACUGCUAGUCGCCUCCGUCUGGGUACCAGCCCCCUAUCACACUGCAGGCGUGUGAGGGAAGAAGGAAAGUAGCCCCGGACCGUGCAGAUCGGUCUGUAGAUCUGUUGGCCAGUAGGUCGCCGGGAAAAGUCGCGGCGAGCGAAGGACCAAAGUGCCUUGGGACCGUGCAGACUGUCUGUCCGUCAAUCACUGUGGAAGGCGCACUGACCACAGAAGACAAGAGAAGGAGAAGGAAUUUACCUGACUUGGAUUCAUCACAAGAGAGCCUCAGGAGCCUGGAAUAGGCUGAAGACGUCUCCCUUCCACCAUCAUUCAGGUGGAGCCUUAAGAACACUCUUCAUUCAGGUGGAGCAAGGCCCUCUCCUGUCCUGCCCCCGGGCUGGCACUGACCUGAGCAUGGGCCGGGCUCGGGAGGUGGGUUGGAUGGCGGCAGGACUGAUGAUUGGGGCAGGUGCCUGCUACUGCGUUUACAAACUAACCAUAGGAAGAGAUGACGGUGAGAAGUUGGAGGAGGAGGAAGAGGAAUGGGAUGAUGAACAGGAGCUUGAUGAGGAGGAGCCCGAAAUUUGGUUUGAUUUCACAACUAUGGCUCGGCCCUGGAGUGAGGAUGGGGAUUGGACUGAACCUGGGGCCCCUGGUGGCACCGAGGACAGGCCUUCGGGUGGGGGCAAGGCAAACCGAACACAUCCGGUAAAACAGCGCCCAUUCCCUUAUGAACGUAAAAAUACUUGGAGUGCUCAAAGCUUUAAAAAUUUCAGUUGUGUUCUUGGCCUCUCCAAGUGCCCUUUCAUUCAGGGAAAAGUGUUGUUAGCUCAGCCCAGGGACACUGGUUUUUCAUUUAGCCACGAUAUCAAUAGUCAUUUGGCCAGCCUCUCCAUUGCUGGAAACACGAUCCCUAUUCCCGACCCUGCUGUUGAGGCUUUCUGUGCCCCGGAUAACUUGAAAGCCAGUGUUGAAAAUCAGGGCCAGCUUAAGAUGUACAUCAACGAAGUGUGUCGGGAGACUGUGUCACUUUGCUGCAACUCCCUUCUGCAGCAGGCCGGAUUAAAUUUGUUAAUAAUCAUGACAGUUAUUAAUAACAUGCUUGCCAAGUCCGUUUCAGACUUGAAGUUUCCUUUGAUACCAGAGGGAAGUGAAUGUGCUGAGGGGCACGUUGUGAAACCCUUGAUGGGUUUGUCUGAAAAGCCAGCCUUGGCGGGGGGGUUGCUGGGAGCCCAGAUGUUGCUCUCCUUCCUGUCCCUCUUUGUCAGGGACGCAAACAGACAGCUUCUCCCAGCAAUCCUGGCCUCUUAAACCUUGGCCCCCUCCAACAGGAUGGGACCGAUCCACCCCGAACCAAAACCCGAUCAGUGGACACACACUUGUGUUCUCAAUCAAAGACUCUGCAGUGGGUGCUAUUGAAGAUCCAGCCUUAGCCAAUAGCCAUAUCUCUGGGUGAAAGUUACACUUGCUAAAUCCAGGACCACUCUCUUGUUGGCCAGGCGGGGGUUCCCACGGAGCUUUGAGUAACCUCUUGGUUUUGCAGUCUGCAGGCAGUGUGCAUUGUAAAUUGCUCCCUUGCAGCCUUCUUCCUGUGGUAAAGGGAUCAUUUCAGCUGUGUGGUGAAAGA